AUGGCGAUAACAAAUCUGAUUCUAACUCUCCCAUGUCACUGCUGCCCAAAGGUGCCUUUGUCUCCCAGGAGAAAGAGGUUGGAGGUCUAUUACGGCUUCCCCAGUGGCUCGGUGGUAAAGAAUCCACAUGCAAUGCAGGAGACGCAGGAGAUACCAGUUCGAUCCCUGGGUCAGGAAGAUCCCUUGAAGAAGGAAAUGGCAACACACUCCAGUAUUUUUGCCUGGAAAAUCCCAUGGUCAGAGGAGCCUGGCAGGCUACAGCCCAAGGUUCACAAAGAGUUGGAUACAACUGAAGCAACUCAGCGUCUGCAUGCACGCGCGCGCGCACACACACACACACACACACACGGACAAGUCUAUGACUGUUCCAUGAAAGAAGGGACCACCAAGUAUAUACACAAUUCCUGGCAUAAUCUUGGCUCAUAG